AUGUCCCUCUCUCGAACAUUCAUCUGUCGGCUCCAGGCCAAACAAACCCGCAGCCUGACUCCAAUACUCCCACACGGAGCAAUCAAACAUCGCACCAUCACCAAAACACCCCUCACUGGCGCCCGCAAACCCGCAUCUCCCCGCCCAAUCUCCCACGCAUUUGACCCAGCCACAGCACCACCACCUACAACCGCCCCUCCCUUCCACUUCCUCCACCCAGCCAGCCUCACUACGCCCGAAUACCAACACACCAUAACCAUCACCCCACCCAAUUUCAAAGUCCCCUGGCCAACUUCCCUCCCCUGCGCCGUACAAUCUCGCUACUGGCGCGAAGCCGAACACGCAGCAACAGACUACCUAUACGCCAUCCUCUCAUCCCAUCCUAACAACGAAACCAAAGAGAAAUACAUCGCCACAGUAUCCGACGCAGCAGUCUCCUACGCCAUCAACCUCAUCCCAUUGGGUAAUCUCGCCCGCACGAACCUCCUCACCAGGACAUUCGUCCUCGCGUUCCUGCACGAUGAUGCUGUCGAUAAGCCAGAUCGGGAGAGGAAUACUCAUCUCAUGAUCCCUACUACAUCUGAAUCCCACAUAAUAGAGGAAGAUACAUCAAACUACGCAGCAUUCAACAUCCUAUCAAGAGAAAUCCUCGCCGAAGACCCCACCCAGGGUGAGCUCCUGCUACAGGAUAUCCUCUCCUGGGGCUCCAUAUCCCAGGAUCAGAAACCAACUACGUUUACGUCCUUAGAGGAGUACUUCUCCCAUGGACUGGAAGAUUUCGGAGCGGAGCUUAUUCUCCGGACUGUUGAGUUUUCACUCGAUCUUCCACCUUUCUCCCCUGAAGAAAGGGAAGAACUGAGGGUAUUGAAAGAUCUAUGUGUGAGACAUAUGCUACUUACUAAUGAUUUGUACUCGUAUGCCAAGGAAGUCGUUGCCGAGAAACGUGGUGGAGAGAGGGUUCUGAGUGCGGUGAGGGUGAUCGAGCAGGCAAUGGGUGUUUCUGAAACAUCGGCCAAAGUGACCUUGAGGGUUGUUAUACGCGAUUUGGAGAGAAAGAUGAAUGAGGAGUAUGUUCGUUUACAACGGAAAGAGGGGAUAAACGAGGCACAGUUGAGGUAUGCGCGUGCAAUGAUCGUUGCGGUGGCGGGGAAUAUGUUCUUCUCGGCGACUUGUGCGAGAUAUGCGCGGGCUGUAGAGGGGUCGGAGUUGAUGUAGAUACUUCGCGCUGUACUUAUUAUAUAGGUAUACUGUUGAUAAC